AGUUGUUCUCCUUUCAAGGGAUGCAUGGUGGUAAUAUCUUUUCGGUCGCGGAGCAAUGAGUGUGCUUUUGUUCAUUUGCUAUGUGUUGGGUUUGUGGGUGGUGUUGUUCGUUGCGAACCGAAGAGUACGAUACGUAACCAAGUUCGUCAUCUAUAUCGUGUACGUGAGCUCGAUCGCGACCAUUUUGUUGCCUUUCUCUGCUCUACGGCCAUGCAACGUGAGAAAUGCCAAUGUUUCGACGUGGAUGGUCUAUUGGAUCGCACCGCUGCUGGGGAUCUCACACGAGGUGAUCGGUGCGGAGCAUCUCGCCGAGGAUCGAGCAGCAGUGGUCAUUUGCAAUCACCAAAGCCUGCUGGACUUCUUGGGCAUGUGCAAACUCUGGCCCAUAGCCGGCAAGCUUGCUGCAGUGGCCAAGCGUGAAAUCCUGUUCAUUUGGCCUUUCGGUCUAAUCGCUUGGCUGAGUGGCACUGUCUUCAUCGAUCGUCGUCAUGCGGCCGAGUCCCGCGAUGUCGUCAAUUCAACCGAGCGUUUGAUCAAGGAGAAAGGCAUCAAGCUCUGGGUCUUCGCCGAAGGAACGCGUUCGAGCGACGGGAACCUGUUGCCGUUCAAGAAAGGCGGAUUUCAUUUAGCCCUGCGUGGGAAACUCCCCAUCAUCCCUGUGGUCAUGAGUUGGUACGGUCCUUUCUUCGAUAGUCGCGAGAUGCGACUCGAACCGGGAAAAGUGACCAUCAAGAUUCUCCCCGCUGUCAUCGUUGACGGCACGGAAGAUGUAACGAAGCUUACGGAGAAAGUCCGUGCCGAUAUGCAAGCUACCCUUGAAUCCAUUUCCCCUGAUCUUCCUCCGAUUGGUAGUAAAAACGGUUUCCACGCAAGCAAAUGAGCUUUAAAGAAAAAAAGAAGCUUCUGUGGGUUCUUCUACCUAGCUGUUCUAGACACAAGUUCCACAUUCAACGGAUGCUCCAAAGUUCGUGUGAUAACUUAUGUUGAAGAGAGAUGCGUGUCGGCUUAGUAGUUUCCGUUGCGGUUGGAAAUAUCGAUUGCUUAGCUGUUCCCGACAGUAUUUAGCCAAAGCUUAAUCAACAAUAUCUCAGCGGUGUAGUGCAGAAUCCUUUUUUGAUAAUUUUUUUCUUGGAACGUGAUUUUGUGCUGGUAUGAAUUUAUGUCGUAAGCAUGGUCGAGAGUUUGUUUCCGAAAAUAGAACAGGUCUUGCAAAUUUUCUUUGAAGGAAAAUGUUCAUCAAUUCCUAUUUUUUCGUCAUGUUCUUCAAAUCUUCGGGAGGAUUGAGAAAUGUUUUUCCCAUUUUAAACGUUGAAAAGCUUCAAAUGCUGAGGAACCAAAUACUGUAUACGCUGAAACCCUUGACUGUUCGUACUUAUCAGGAGUUAUGGUUUGAUCACAUUCUGCAGUACAGUAUACAGUAUUAGCACUAUUGAUUAAUGCAUGUCCGACACGUAUCAUGUAUCAAAACUGUGUGAAACACCCUCAGCUGGACCUGUUCUACCUGUACUGAAAUACAAUAUGAUAUAUUUUUUCUUGUCGAAACUCGAUCUUCCGUACUCCUGAAAGUUCUGAAUGCCUAAAUUUAAAAAAAAAAAACAUGCUUCAGAUGAUUAUUUAAUCGUGUUGAUGGGCUUUCGGGGAGAAGAACUCUGUGACUUAAAACUAGUCUGUUAGAUAUGUUGGUCAUUUCCGAUACCGUAAUCGUCCCGGUUGUGAAUGUGAGACCAGCACAAGUGUUUUUUUCUAGUCCGCGGAGGACUUGUAAUGAGAACAAAGCGGAAAUCAAAUAUGAAGUCAUCCGAUCUUUCAUGUGCGUAACUUGUAGUUUUCGAAGAGCAGGUGGUGAUAAGCCUGUGGUUUCGUUGAAGGCAUUUCGGUUCCUUGACUUGGAGGCGCUACUUUUUACAAAAUUCGUGGAUUUUUUUUUUUUUUUCCGCGAAAAAUUGGGUCUUCUCGUCGAUCGUCUCGCUGGUGCCAUGUUUUUUUCGACGCAUGAAGCCGCUUUUUUCCUCUUCUAUUCACUGUUUUCAUUGGGAUUAUUUGAGGAUGGAACUAGAUUUUGGUUUUGGUUGUUGCACAGGAUUUCCUAGGAAAUUUUGUGAGGCUCUUGUUUUGUUUCUGUUCCUUUUCGUGAGUUGACGGCCAAAUCAUGGGUCUCCGUCAUGAAUUUUGGCUCUUGAAGAACUUUAUUUUCAUACUCGAAUAAAAAGCACGCCAUACGGAGAUACUCAAAAGAGUGAAUGUUUGUCUUUCACGAGCCUUGGGUCGAGUUGGGCUGCUAUGAAUUUUAUGAAAUUGACUCCGGAGCACUUUUUUUUUUUCGAAUGAUUUAGUACUGAUUUUUGGUUUUCCCUUAUUGUUUCGAAGCUUGAAAUUCAUUUAUUUGGACAAUCUUUGCUGAAUUCUGAAAUCGCGUUGAGUCAAAUACUGGGUUCCAAAAUUUGGAGUACUACUCUGUUUUUUCUUCUGAUCCUCUCUUUUUUUUCAAGAGAGGGACAUUUGUUAAUCCCCAGGAAACGCGCGUUCAAGACAAAAGUGUGAUAAUCGAAGUUUAUGGGAGAAUCAGGCGUUUCUUCAGCUGCCUUCGCAAAUAGAAAAUCCAUGGGCGAAUUUUUCAUUUUGUGUUCGAAAAGUGGUAGAAUGUCUGGGUUUAGUUCAGUGUCGGGUGGUUCUUUCACGUUAGCCGGUUUAAUUAUGCCCUGCGUUGUACUUGGCUGCAUGAAUCGCAGUGAUGUUAUCCCCAGAAGUGAAAUACAAGCGAAAUGUUUCUGCCUGUUCA